AUGUGGAGUGAUCUCGGUAGCUCUAAUCCAGUGAAUAAUUUGACAGUACCUCGUCUUUCGGUGGCAAUUCCUUCCUUGUCCACGCCGCAACUUGUAGGCGAGGUUGAGGGCUUAAUAACUAUCAAAAAGGCAGCAUACUGUCGUCGAUAUAACAAGGGAGCUAUUGGGGUCAUUGCAGUCGAUUCGGAAAUUAUCGACGAGCAACAUCAAGCAACGUACACUACUCAAAUUGAUCUACGACACGACACGACAGGAAGCGCCUUCAACAUUCUUGAGUGCCGUUCGCGUAGAGAAGUUGCUGUUUCGGCUGCCAAUGAGGGGGGUGAUGAGAAUGGGGAUGGGGAUGGGGAUGGGGACGGGAAGGAGGAUGGAGAGUCUUCUGGAGAGUUGGUUUUCAACUCUUCUGACGAGGUUGUUGAUAUGGCGAUGUCGGAAGUGAUAGAAUGGAGUGACGAUUUCGAAGAGGAAGGGAGGAAGAAUAUUGAGAGUAAGAAAGGGGAUGAGGAUGAAAUCAAAGAUGGGAUGGUCAUGGAGAUAGAGACGAUGGUGAGGAUAGGGAACGGGAUGAGAAUGAGAAUAAGAAUGAGGAUAACGGGACUUUUGACAAUGUGCCAAUUGGAAAAAGAAAAAAGUGGAAUAGGGAUGGGAAUACUGAAGAGGAGAGAAGAAGUCCUAGAAUUUGACUCAGAGAUUGAGAAUAAAGCUGAGGAUGAGGAUGAGGAUGUGGAUGAAAAUGUGAAUGUGGAUGAAGAUGAAGAUACAGGGGAGGAUAUCAAAAGCCGAGAUAAUAGAGAAUCGAGCCUCACCAAGUUCCUAAUAACCCCAUACAUUCAAUAA